AUGUCACAGAGGGGACCUGCAGCUCACACUACCAAGCAAGCACCGACGCAGUCACCGCCAAAAGCGCCUUUCGGCUCCCAACAGAGUCCCCAAGCCAGACGUAGCCCGGGUAUUCAAGAUGCCGUGACUACUCCUUCGACGACUGGCGAGGGGCACCCCUUUAACCCGCGGUCCUUGGGCAUCAGGGGGCUGAUCAACGAAGCACAGCCGGAGGGCUCCGCCGGCGAACCAUCACGGCCCCGAGGAGCCAAUGCCCAGACUUCGCCCUACGGCAUGCCCCCGAGGCAGUAUGGUACACCUGGCGACCGUCAGUACACGUACCAAAGUCAGAGCCAGAGCCACGGUUCUUUCGGGUCCCAACCCGCUACACCAGCAGGUCAUCCGGCAACGACACCUCUGGGCCACACGCCGUCGGAACACAGCUCGCCCAAGAGCGGUUUCCCCUUCCCACUGAUGGGUGCUCCCAGGCAGAUGCUCAGUCCCCGAGAGACGCGGGCUGCGAGCUUGAGCCAGGCGGGCAUGAGGGGUCCCGAACCACACCAGACCCCCUUUCUUCCUCCGCGGACAAAGCGGCCGUAUCCGGGUGACGAAGGUCCCUCGGAGCCCCUCCGUACAGCACCUGGCCACCCGUUCUCCGGCCCAUCGCCCCACGGCCCUUCAUCAUCAGGAAUCGGGUCCCUGACAACGCCGCCACGGUCCAUGUCCCAGCCCAUGAUUGGACAUAUGCCGCCUACGAACCCCGAACGACCUCAACUGCCCCCCAUGACACGAGAUCCUCACGGUAGGGGGCCCGAGUAUCCGGGCCAGCCGAUGCUGCCCCCGGGCCACAGCUUCCCGCCGCCGCAAUCGCCAGGUAUUCCCGUUUGGUCCACCCCAGGGGCGGGAACAUCUCUAUACCAAAGCCUGCGGUCUGACGUGGCGAAGGCGGAAGGUGGAAUGGUUGUCAGGCUUCCGGGGGAAGAAGGCGGCAUCCUCAUACCGGUGGACGUCCAUCAAGGGUCGAAGCAGGCCGACGAGAAGCGGCAACGGAAUGCCGGAGCCUCGGCACGGUUCAGGCAGAGGAAGAAAGAGAAGGACCAAGAACAGAUUGCCAACUUGCAGAGGCUGGAGCAGAGGAGCCGCGACCUGGAGGCCAAGCUUCGGGACAUGACGCAAGAGAGGGAUUUUUACAGGGACGAGCGCAAUCGGCUUCGAGACGUGGUCCUGCGGACGCCGCUCAGCGACAUGGCGAACGGGCCCCCGAGCCCGACGUCAUCGAGGAGCGGGGGGUCGAUGGCGGAGACCAGUCCUCUGACGCAGCCUCCCAUGCUCCCGCACCAGUCCCAGCAGCAGGGCUACGCAUCGAGCGAGGCGUCGUCGGUGGAUCGACCAACACGGCGGCGGCGAACCGAUUCGGCCCAGACCCCCGAGUUCUCAAUGCCCUCGUACGGCACUCCCGGUCCCCAGGCCGGGAACCUGCCGCCUCUGCAGGCACCGGCGUCUUAUGGCAUGAUGCCACAGCGCUCCCCGUCGACAGCGCCGGGGGGCGAGAGACUGCCCCCGCUUCGAACCAUGGAAGGCUCCCCCUUCACCGGGUCGGAUUCGGGACCGAGUGUGAGUUCCGGCGGUCCCUUGUACCCCAGUUACACGCGCGUCCCCCACGAGACGGGGUUCGCGAGCAGGACCGUAGGGCCGCUGAGCCAUCACAGUCACCAUGGCCACGACGGCGGCCUGCGGUAG